GAAUUACAACCAGUUCAGUGAAUGAUACUCUUCGACAAAAUAUAUUUUCAAACAGUUAGUUAACUCUGCCGUAUCGCGUCAACCGCAGCCACGAUAUGUCAUCCGGUAGCAAAAAGAUCACUCCGUUAUUCAACGAUUAUCUGUACGAGGCUAUCCGAGGGAUUGCAGUUGAGCAGGGUUUUACUGCAAAUCUGUUUUCGGUGGAUUUCGACGAGGAAAGUUGCAUCGAGUGCGAUGGUUUUGUGAGCUUUGUUUUCAAAGCCAUCAUCAACGGGGACGACCGGGAGUUGGUUCUGUGGUGUAAAGUGCCACCCAGUGAUGAUCCGCGAUCUCUGGCGUUGUUCCAACGGGAGGUGCAUUUCUACCGGGAAAUUCUGCCGACUUUCUAUCGCUUUCAAACCGAGAAGGGAGUAAGUGAAGCUACUGGGGAGGGGUUUUACAGUGCACCCAAGUGCUAUCUCGCGCAUUGUAGCACAGAUAAGGACGAACCCGAAGCAGUGAUAGUUUUGGAGUAUGAUGAAAGCUACGAACGGUGGGAUUGGGACAAACUCGAACCCAUCAAUGUUGAUCACGCGAAACUGUUGAUGCGUCAGCUGGGAAGGUUGCAUGCCGUUUCGUUUGCCAUGAAAGAACAAAAUCCUCAGAUUUUCGAACAGUUCAAACUGAAGGAUGUGCUGGUGGAGGGUAAUGAUUUAGUCACCCUUAUGAGGGAAUCUUUUGAUCGGGCUUUGGUAACUAUGAGAACUAGGUUUGCUGCUGACCAGGAGAAAAUUCAAAGGAUAAAAGAUACAGUAUUUCAAGUGCUGACUGCCUGUGCAGAUCCGACGAAAUCGGAACCCUACUGCGUCGUUAGUCACGGAGACUGCUGGAUAAACAAUUUUAUUUAUGGUCAUGAUCAGAACAACGUCGCCACCAGCGUCAUCCUCUCCGAUUGGCAAUCAUCCCGAUAUGCGACCCCACUGUUGGACCUUGGUUAUUUCUUCUUUCUCUGCACCGGUGCUCAGUUCCGUCAGGACCACUUCGAUCAACUACUGCAGCAUUACCACAACGCAGUGAAGGACUUGCUGGAUCGGCUGGGCGGGGACACUACCCGUCAGUUCCCAUUCACCGGUUUGCUUCAGCUGGUAAAACCGUACCGAAAGCUACUCCUCGAUGGCUGCUGACCACCGCUCCUGGCACGUGGUGAUGGUGAUCCUUCAUCAGCAGUGCCUUCACAAUCGGAUGAAGGUGGUGAAAUAAUGUGUUAUAUGAAAAUUCUUCUAUUUUGCUCAAACAGCAAUAAAUUUAACCGGUCUCGGAAAAUUGUUUGGAAA